AUGGCACAUGAGGAUUGCGAGGCUUUGGAGCGCAUGGGAGCUAUGCCAGAUCAUCGCGCUGCGACGGCCAAGUUGAACGAGGAAGAUGAGCUCAGUCAGGUACACAUUCUAGAUGACUGGUCCAUGCCGACUCAGGGCAAUGGUCAACCUGUGAAGGUGCUCGGCCAAAUGACCAGCCUCGUCUGGACACCGGACAAGGAGACCAAGCGUGGUGGCGGCAUUGUUGCAGAUGCACCCGGAAUGGGAAAGAUGGUCAUGACGACCGGCAACACCGCUGUCUCGAAUCAUCGACAUUCAGGCACCGCGAGCCCCGUGGAAACUCCUCAUCUUGUCGCAGUGCCAGCUGGACUAGUCCAGAAGACAUGCGAUGAGCGAAGCCUUGUCACUGGCCCUGAUUACAAUGUCUUCCGGUACGGCAGGCGUGAAGGCCCGCUCGGAAAGUGUAACGUCUGGCCCACGAAAGCUCUCAUGUACAACAAGAUCGAUAGUCAAGGACAUCGCCAGAGCCCAAGGAUAGAUCCAGAGCGUCGCUCUGCCCGAACUGCAACGCCGAGGAAGCUCAAGAUCUCGAAGGCCGAGUCUGCGGCGCCAAACUUGGAGGGCGUCUCCAGCGAAGCAAAAUUUGGUGGCGAUCCGAUCUUCGAGACGCAUUACCCAAAUAGCCGCAACAAGUUACAGUGUGCAGCGACUCAGAAGGCGAUGAACAGGAGUGCUAUCCUGUUCGACGAUAUAGUGCUUUCGCAAGACUAUACUUCGACGUACGCCAACACCGAAGGAGUCGAGGUCGCCUACACCCAGAAUAUGGCACGGAUGAAAGUCAAGAGAGUUCGUCUGCAAUUCGCGGACGGUGAAUUUCCCUAUUACCUUAAAGCCUUUCGCGAUACUGAGAAGGAGAUUAAUUCUCACUCGGCGAGCAAGAUGACGAUAGGUAAUGCAUUUUCGGAGAUGUCCUUAGAAGAGCACGACACCGACCUCAAGAUCGCGGAGGCAAGACCUUGCUACUACCUCUUCCAUACGUACAUGGCAGAGAUCGAGAAGAAGAUGACUGACAAGGCGGCUUGUAUCAACACCAUCAGGGCGGCAGAUGCCCGCAACCUGAUCAGACCGCCAGGCGAAGGCGGCCAUGGUGGGGCUGCGGUUCGAGAUGGCCGCGCCAUCAUCUUCUACGAAGCCGGAGCGAACCACUUCAGCACAGAGUGA